AUGGUCGUGUUCAAUGGCCUUCUGAAAAUCAAAAUCUGCGAGGCUGUGAGCCUGAAGCCCACCGCCUGGUCGCUGCGCCAUGCCGUGGGGCUCCGGCCGCAGACGUUCCUCCUGGACCCUUACAUCGCCCUCAACGUGGACGACUCGCGCAUCGGCCAGACGGCCACCAAGCAGAAGACCAACAGCCCGGCCUGGCACGACGAGUUCGUCACCGACGUGUGCAACGGGCGCAAGAUCGAGCUGGCCGUCUUCCACGAUGCCCCCAUCGGCUACGACGACUUCGUGGCCAACUGCACCAUCCAGUUCGAGGAGCUGCUGCAGAACGGGAGCCGCCACUUUGAGGACUGGAUUGACCUGGAGCCAGAAGGCAGAGUGUAUGUGAUCAUCGAUCUCUCGGGGUCAUCGGGUGAAGCCCCUAAAGACAAUGAAGAGCGCGUGUUCAGGGAGCGCAUGCGGCCCAGGAAGCGGCAGGGGGCCGUCAGGCGCAGGGUCCACCAGGUCAAUGGCCACAAGUUCAUGGCCACCUACCUUCGGCAGCCCACCUACUGCUCCCACUGCAGGGAUUUUAUCUGGGGUGUCAUAGGAAAGCAGGGAUACCAAUGUCAAGUGUGCACUUGCGUGGUUCACAAGCGAUGCCAUGAGCUCAUCAUCACGAAAUGUGCUGGGUUAAAGAAACAGGAAACGCCCGACGAGGUGGGCUCCCAACGGUUCAGCGUCAACAUGCCCCACAAGUUCAGCAUCCACAACUACAAGGUCCCCACCUUCUGCGACCACUGUGGGUCCCUGCUCUGGGGCCUCCUGCGGCAGGGGCUGCAGUGUAAAGUCUGCAAGAUGAACGUUCACCGACGCUGCGAGACCAAUGUGGCUCCCAACUGUGGCGUGGACGCCAGAGGAAUCGCCAAAGUCCUGGCAGACCUUGGCGUCACCCCAGACAAAAUCACCAACAGUGGCCAGAGGAGAAAAAAGAAGCUGCCCAUGCCUUUUCCCUGGUGCCGCUCAGAAGAGCCUUCUCCGUUGAAUGGGAAGCUCCUUGCUGGCGCCGAGUCCCCGCAGCCCACUUCUGGAGGCUCACCCUCUGAGGAAGACCGAUCCAAGUCAGCACCCACCUCCCCUUGUGACCAGGAAUUAAAAGAACUUGAAAACAACAUCCGGAAGGCCUUGUCAUUUGACAACCGUGGGGAGGAGCACAGGGCAUCGGGGUCCACCGACGGCCAGGCGAGCCCCGGAGAGAACGGCGAAGUCCGGCAAGGCCAGGCCAAGCGCUUGGGCCUGGACGAGUUCAACUUCAUCAAAGUGCUGGGCAAAGGCAGCUUUGGCAAGGUCAUGCUGGCGGAGCUCAAAGGCAAAGAUGAGGUAUAUGCUGUGAAAGUCUUAAAGAAGGACGUCAUCCUUCAGGACGACGAUGUGGACUGCACCAUGACCGAGAAGAGGAUUUUGGCGCUAGCGCGGAAACACCCAUACCUAACCCAACUCUACUGCUGCUUCCAAACCAAGGACCGCCUCUUUUUCGUCAUGGAGUAUGUCAAUGGUGGAGACCUCAUGUUCCAGAUUCAGCGCUCCCGAAAAUUCGAUGAGCCUCGUUCCCGGUUCUAUGCUGCAGAGGUUACUUCAGCCCUCAUGUUCCUCCACCAGCAUGGAGUCAUCUACAGAGAUUUGAAACUGGACAACAUCCUUCUGGAUGCAGAAGGUCACUGCAAGCUGGCUGACUUCGGGAUGUGCAAGGAAGGGAUUCUGAAUGGUGUGACGACGACCACGUUCUGCGGGACUCCUGACUACAUCGCUCCCGAGAUCCUGCAGGAGUUGGAGUACGGCCCCUCUGUGGACUGGUGGGCGCUGGGGGUGCUGAUGUACGAGAUGAUGGCUGGGCAGCCCCCCUUCGAGGCCGACAACGAGGACGACCUGUUUGAGUCCAUCCUCCACGAUGACGUGCUCUACCCUGUCUGGCUCAGCAAGGAGGCCGUCAGCAUCCUGAAAGCUUUCAUGACCAAGAACCCCCACAAGCGCCUGGGCUGUGUGGCAGCACAGAAUGGCGAGGACGCCAUCAAGCAGCACCCGUUCUUCAAGGAGAUCGACUGGGUGCUCCUGGAGCAGAAGAAGAUCAAGCCGCCCUUCAAACCUCGAAUUAAAACCAAAAGAGAUGUCAAUAACUUUGACCAAGACUUUACCCGGGAAGAGCCAGUACUCACGCUUGUGGAUGAAGCAAUUGUGAAGCAGAUCAACCAGGAGGAAUUCAAGGGCUUCUCCUACUUUGGUGAAGACCUGAUGCCCUGA